AUGGCCUCGAGGGCAGUGUCCGGGCUAUCCCAGCAGGUGCGAUCCUUCAGUACCUCUGUGGCCAGGCCCUUCGCCAAGCUCGUGAGGAUCUACGAUGUCGAAGGUCACUAUGCCACGGCUCUGUACUCUGCCGCGUCCAAACAGAUCAAGCUGAAACAAGUCGAGAAGGAGCUGCUAAGAGUGGUGCAACUGCUGAAGGAGCCCAAGCUAGCGUCCUCCAUCCUGAACCCACACGUGAAGCACACCAUCAAGGUGAAGAGCAUCGGCAACCUGACAGCCCGGGAGAAGCUGUCCCCAAUCACCACCAACCUCAUCAAUCUGCUUGCUGAAAAUGGGUGUUUGAACAACACCCCCGAGAUCAUUUCAGCCUUUUCCACCAUGAUGAGCGUCCACUGUAGCGAAGUUCCCUGCACAGUGACCACAGCUUCUGCCCUGAACGAGGCCACGCUGUCUGAGCUCAAAACAGAAUUCACUUAG